AUGACUGGUGGGGGUGCUGGUGGUAGUGGUGGGGGUGCUGGCGGAAGUGGUGGGGGUGCUGGCGGUAGUGGUGGGGGUGCUGGUGGUAGUGGUGGGGAUGCUGGUGGAAAUGGUAGGGGUACUGGUGGUAGUGGGGGUGCUGGUGGUAGUGGUGGGGAUGCUGGCGGUAGUGGUGGGGGUGCUGGCGGUAGUGGUGGGGGUAGUGGUGGGGGUGCUGGCGGUAGUGGUGGGGGUGCUUGCGGUAGUGGUGGGGAUGCUGGCGGUAGUGAUGGGGAUGCUGGUGGUAGUGUUGGGGGUGCUGGCGGUAGUGGUGGGGGUGCCGAUUGGUUUAACGCGUGUGCAGUAGAUCAAAAGAUCUUUAAUUGA